AUGGCCGCCGCCGCCGCCAUGAUCGCGGCGGCCGUCCUCGCCAUCGCCGCCGUGUGCGCGCUCCCGCUCCCCGCCGCGGCGGCGUCCGGCGUGGGGGUGAACUGGGGCACGAUGAUGUCGCACCCGAUGCACCCGGCGGCGGUGGUCCGCAUGCUGGCGGCCAACGGCGUCGACCGGGUCAAGCUCUUCGACGCCGACCCCUGGACCGUCUCCGCGCUCGCCGGCUCCGGCCUCCAGGCCAUGCUCGCCGUCCCCAACGACCACCUCCGCUCCGUCGCCCGCGACCCGCGACGCGCCCGCGACUGGGUCCGCGACAACGUCACCCGCAACAUCCAAGACGGCGUCGACGUCAGAUAUGUUGCUGUUGGGAAUGAACCAUUUCUGAAGAGCUACAAUGGCAGUUUCAUCAACAUUACCUUUCCUGCCCUCAAGAACAUUCAGAGAGCUCUAUAUGAUGCUGGUUUACAGGUCAAGGCAGUCGUUCCCCUGAAUGCUGACGUCUACAACUCUCCUGAGAACAAUCCAGUGCCGUCUGCUGGGAACUUCCGCAAGGAUAUCAACGCCCUCAUGGUUUCUAUUGUCAAUUUCCUCCAUAGGAAUGAUGCACCCUUUGUUGUCAACAUAUACCCAUAUCUUAGCCUAUACCAGAACCCAAACUUCCCGCUCAAUUUCUCCUUCUUUGAUGGUGGAAGCAAGCCAGUUUAUGACAAAGGAAUGGUAUACACCAAUGUGUUCGACGCCAACUUCGAUACUCUUGUUUGGUCACUAAGGAAAGCUGGUGUGCCUGACAUGAAGAUAAUUGUUGGUGAGAUUGGCUGGCCAACAGAUGGAGACAAGAGGGCUAAUGUCAAAUAUGCGCAGAAGUUCUAUGAUGGUUUUCUGAAGAAGUUAGCCAAAAAUGUUGGGACGCCUCUGAGGCCUGGUCGCAUGGACGCCUACCUAUUUGCACUGAUUGAUGAGAACCAGAAGAGCGUGCUGCCUGGGCGCUUUGAGCGGCACUGGGGACUAUUCACCUAUGAUGGAAAACCAAAGUUCUCUAUGGAUCUCAGUGGAAAUGGCAAAAACAGCUAUCUGCUUGGAGUUGAAGGGGUGCAAUACUUGCCAUCACAGUGGUGUGUGUUCAACAAGGAUGCCAAGGAAAAAUACAGAGAGCUGCCAGCCUCUGUAAACUACGCGUGCUCGAAUGCAGAUUGCACGCCGCUGGGGUAUGGGUCCUCAUGCAAUGGUCUCAGCCAUGACGGUAACAUAUCAUACGCAUUCAACAUCUACUUCCAAACAAUGGAUCAGGAUGUCAGGGCAUGCUCUUUUGGAGGCCUUGCGAAGAUCGUAACAGCAAAUGCGUCUCAGGGAGGAUGCGUGUUUCCAGUGCAGAUCCUGAGUGCUUCAGAAAUGGUGGUACCACUGAGACUUUUGGUUGCGUCCUUGGUUGUUUCAGUAGUUGUGUUCAUUCUCAUGUAGACUAGGGAGGGCAGUGAGCACUGGUACUUCAAGUUGUCGAAGCUGUACAUAUGACAGGAAGGAGCAUUGGAUUGGGAGAGCAGACUUUUCUUCUUAUUUCAAGAGUCAGGACAAAGCUGGUGGAUGGUUGAAGGCAAAUGUUACCACUGAAAUGGCGAGAAGUUUGUGCAAUUUGCAUGGGUGAGGAAGGUACAUUGAGACGGGGAGGCUAGUAGCUUUAGUUUCAGUCGACGAUCUUACAAGGCAAGAAGUGUAAAAUUCUGAAUAUUUGCCACAUCCAUGCCAGGCUGACUGCAUAUUCUACAGCAGCAUGCCUUCAGGUUUUUGCUAGAAACCCAAAAACUGCUAGUAGUACUACCUACCUGUUUACUGGCAAAUCGUUGGUCGUAUACGAAAUGACCACUUUG